AAAUCGAUCGCGUGUCAUCCGUCGGCAUUGAACGACUGUUUGCUCCGAGUACGUGCUUGUCCGUCUUCGAGAGAACAAGCGAACGAUUUCGUGCGAUACCAUCGAUCUUGGCGAAAGUUUCUCCAGAAAAAGUACACCUUGAUUUACCCGAAUUUUUCAACUUAUUCUCCCUCAUAAAUCUAUUUUAUCGUUCGCUUCUCUCAUCUUUCCGACUUCUCCUUCGUUGUUUUAAUUUUAAUUCGGCAAAAUUUAGCAAUCCUAAUUGUUCGUAACUAUAAUUGGUGAAAUUGGCCGAGGCAUCGAUUCGCGAGUGGCAAACGAACGACCGGUUUUAGCGUGAAUUUAGAGCGAACGAGAAGUAGCCGAUAUGACGGCAUAAAUUACUACGGAGUGGCUCACUUCCAUCCAAGGCUUUUCUACAGAGACACGGAGAUCUUUAACCCCAUUACUCGUGGACCAGACUGUGCACGCAUCGAGCGCUACGGAGAUUAAGUGAAACCAGACUCUCGAAAGCAUCAACACGCAGAACGUCGGCUGUAAAUUACAGCGAGUUAUACAGGAGGGAGCUAAAGCCGCGGUAAUUGGGAAUGUUCUCCGUGAGUGGAAAGCAACAAGUAUGCCAGCUGUUCUUCGUCCAAGUCAUCCUAAUCGUCCUAAUGGGCGCGUUGAUGACGUACGGACCCGAGGCGGACGCUAAUUCGCUAAAAAAUCACGGACAGACAGGCGACCACGGCCGGAAGCACGUCAAGAAACCGGAUACGGACCCGUUACGAGUUUAUCCGAUGUAUCAAGAUGUCCACGUGAUGAUCUGGAUCGGAUUCGGCUUCCUGAUGACGUUUCUAAGAAGAUACGGACAAAGCGCGAUUGGACUGACGUUCCUACUCGGCGCUAUUUUGAUCCAGGUUGCCAUGAUCUGCGAGGGAGUGACGAAUUUCCAGAUAGACAGCGCGUCUCCCUUGUCGUUAAAAAGCCUGCUGAACGCGGACGUUGCGGUGGCCACGCCGUUGAUAUCCAUGGGUGCUUUGCUGGGUAAGACGACCUACAUGCAGCUCGUAUUCAUGGGCAUUCUCGAGCUGAUCAUGUUCACCGUGAACAAGUACGUGGGAGAGCAUCUGCUCAUGGUCGUCGAUGCAGGCGAUAGCAUGUUUGUCCAUGCGUUCGGAGCAUAUUUUGGACUUGCCGUCAGUUUCGUAUUUGGAAUGAAGGACAAGCCUAAGGAACAUAAUCUCGAGGGAGCAUCCUACAACUCUGACAUUUUCGCUAUGAUUGGCACCGUGUUCCUGUGGUUGUUCUGGCCAUCGUUCAACAGCGCCGCUCUGCAAGGAGACGAUCAGCAAAGGGCCAUUAUAAACACUCUUCUGUCCAUCUCGUCCAGCUGUGUGAUCGCUUUCGCGACCUCCGCCCUAGUCUCCAAGGAUAGCAAAUUCAACAUGGUACACGUGCAGAAUUCGACGUUGGCCGGCGGUGUAGCCAUCGGCACCGCAGCAGGCAUGAUGUGCAAACCGGUGGGUGCUUUGGCCGUGGGUGCUCUAGCCGGGCUACUCAGCGUAUUAGGAUACAAAUAUCUCACGCCGCUGAUCCAAAAACGUCUGAGGAUUCAUGACACGUGCGGCGUGCACAAUCUCCACGGCAUGCCCGGCGUUUUAGGUGGUAUCUUUGGCGCACUGAUGGCAGGCCUCGCCACUGAAGCCUCUUACGAUUAUUCCCUUUACGAGAUCUUCCCAGCGCGAGCACCAAACUCUGAAGCAAAGUUGGCCGAGAUGAGAGACAAUUAUGGUAUAUCAGCUGGCUUUAACAGAACAGCAGGGGAACAGGCUGGCUAUCAAUUAUUAGUACUAGUAAUUACAGUGGGAAUAGCCAUCGUUUCAGGAUUAGUAACAGGUUUAAUGAUGCGGAUGUCGAUCUGCGGUUUGAUUUCCGAGGAGCAGAAGUUCGACGAUGAAGCCAAUUGGGAAUUGGAAGAGGAAGCCACGCAGGAGUCGAAAAUCAAGGAAGGCAACAGCUAUGGCGGCGACCAAUUACCGAUGGCCCAUAUCUGAGACGAGUCCUUGUUAUCAAUAACAGCAAAAGUAUUACGCUUGCACGUGAAUGCAAAUAAAUGAGAAAAAUAGAACCCUGAACUUAGGAAAACUUGUAAAAUUUAUUAAACAAUUUGUUAAACAUUACA